UCGGGGAACACAAUUCCGGACACCAAGUUCCGAUAUCAAUAGGAUCCGGGCGAUUCAUUUCAUUCAGACGCCGCAUUACCGGGUCCGGCGGCUGCGUGUUUUUGUGGGAAACAAUUCCCAGGAUCCCGGAGAGGCAGUUUCAUUUCUCUGACCGAGAGGCUACGUGGUGUGACAGAUAUUGUGCACGGGCAGGCGUUCAUGAAGGACAGAUGGUGGAUAUCGGAUCUAGGCUCGGCUGCAUUACAUUGAAUCUCGGUCGCAAUUUGGCGAAUCUGGGUCACGGCAACUUGCUUUUAGUGUUUUGCCUUAUUUGUUUGGCUGUCUCCCUACUGCUUACUGUCUCGACUUUACAGGGCGGUGCCGGCGGUUCACUGCGUAGGCAAAUGAUUAGUUGGCGGUCGUGGUUUCUUUUUUUUCUUCUGGCAGUUUCCUUUUUAGGGCAUUCACGAUUCUUUCUCGGGGGGUUACCAGCUUGGCAGCGGCCCGGAAUGGCUGCUGUAGUACGGUUAGAACCCCAUGAAGUGGGCGAACAUGCGAUGUCUCUUUCUACGGUUUGGGCACACUUUUUUUGGGAGGUUGUUGGAGCGAGGCGAUGGAACGAGGCGAGAGACAUGCCGCUAGGGAGGAAUGAGCACCCGGCUCUUGCCUGGGAUAUUAUGGGCGACCUCCGAGGCACGAAAGAAUAGAGAAGAAAAAAUAUGCCCGAGGUCAAUGGAAGAGACAGGAGACAGGAUGGAAGGGAAUUUGGUGCGAGAAGUGAAUCUCGAAUUUGUUUGGUCUUUUCUUGUUUUUCUCGGGUAUUAAAAAAAAGGAGACCGACGACAGGCGAGCGGCCCUGUUCUUCUAUGAGCUGGGGGGAGAAGAAGAAGUUGCCUAGGUAGUGAGCAUAGUGAAUCUAAUAAGUGAGCGAUGACGGCUUCUCUUUCCUUAUCGUG